UGGCGGCGGUAGCCCCCCUAGCCACGCGCAAACCCGCAGUGACGUCACAAUGACGUGGCUGCACUGUAAACAGAUGUUUAUGGCCAAAGCGCGCUACCUGCUAGCUUAUACGCUGAAACGCGAGCAGGAAGUCACCGUCCCAUCUACCCCUGUGAUGUGCCUGUCCCGCCCGGCCUUUUAGCUCGACUCCCUUCCCGUCCUUCCUCGCCCCCCCCUACCUCCUGAAGAUCCCCACCUCCUAGGAUCAACCUCCAAAUUCUCCUCCUCUCACCGGUCUCACCCCCUGUGAUGCCUCCCUUAUGCUGUGGCUACCUGUCACAGUACACCCAUCAUCACCUGGUUGCGUUCCUGCUCACCUUUUUUAGCUAUGUGUUCCUGCAUGCCUCCAGGAAGACGUUCAGCAAUGUGAAAGUGAGCAUCUCCGCCCAGUGGACGCCUUCUGCUCACAAUGGCAGCGCUUCCCCUCUCCUGCCCAGCGAGACAUGGGAGAAAAACCGACUGUUUGCCGAUGAGCAGCAGGCGACGCUCUUCCUGGGCGCUCUGGACUCCAUCUUCCUUUUCUCCUAUGCUGUGGGUUUGUAUCUGAGCGGCGUGAUAGGCGACCGGGUGAACCUGCGCUACGUGCUCUGCUUCGGUCUGUGCAGCUCCGCGGCUGUGACCUUUGUGUUUGGCACGUUGACCGAGUGGCUCCACAUCUACAACGUCUACGUCUAUUGUAGCCUGUGGGUGUUGAACGGCCUGCUGCAGUCCACCGUCUGGCCCUGCGUGGUGGCCGUCAUGGCCAACUGGUUCGGCAAGACUGGGCGCGGCUUCGUGUUUGGCCUGUGGAGCGCGUGCGCAUCGGUGGGUAACAUCUUCGGGGCCUUCUUGGCAUCCAGCGUGCUCAAGUACGGAUACGAGUACGCCUUCCUGGUCACGUCCGUGGUGCAGUUUGCCGGCGGAAUCGUGCUCUUCUUCGGCCUGCUCACCUCCCCGCAAGAAAUCGGUCUUGGCGGCGAUUGUCCGACGGGACUCAGCACGGUUGACACGGAGACUCACAGGCCUCUGAUGAGCGACGAGGAAGCGGAGGAGGAUGCUUACGAGCCUCACUACCGCUCGGUGCGCCGUAAGGACGAACCUGGACAAGAGUCCCCAAAAGCCGUGGGUUUCUUCCAAGCUUUCUGGCUGCCCGGAGUUCUGCCGUACUCACUGGCGUACGCGUGUCUGAAGCUGGUGAACUACUCCUUCUUCUUCUGGCUUCCUUUCUACCUGAGCAACAACUACGGCUGGAAGGAAGUCGAGGCUGACCGGCUAGCCAUGUGGUAUGACGUUGGGGGAAUUAUCGGCGGAACCGUUCAAGGUUUGGUCACGGAUAUCAUGGGAAAGCGGUCCCCAGUGCUGGCCUUAAGUCUUACUCUUGCCAUGGCUUCUCUGGUGGGGUACAGCCACUCGCCGGACGACAAGACGGCCAACGCCGUCUUGCUGGCCGUCACGGGCUUCCUCAUCGGAGGUCCGUCCAACAUGAUCGGUUCGGCCAUCUCCGCCGACCUGGGGAGACAGGAUGCCAUCAGGGGGAGCCGGGAGGCUUUGGCCACAGUCACCGGCAUCGUGGAUGGCACAGGGAGUAUCGGAGCCGCCGGAGGACAAUAUCUGGUGUCUCUCAUUGAGAGCAAAUUGGGUUGGAUAGCCGUCUUCUACUUCUUCGUCGUCAUGACAGGGGGCAGUAUUUUUUUCAUCUCACCCCUGAUCGUGACGGAGGUGCGGGCCAUGUGGAGAGAGCGGCAGACGCGGCAUCACCAGCUCUGAGGCUCUUUGGAGCUCCUCCGACGUUACUUGAAAGAAAAUGGCUCAGUCGGUGAGUUUGCCUUUCUUCCUCCGACCACCUCGGCGGAGAUUGAAGAACGACCAGAGGGAUCGCAUCCUCUCGAAAAGACUCAACGUGCGCAUUUUCUUCAGCAUUGACAAUUGGACUGAAUGGUUGUAUGUACUUAAAAAAAAAAAAAAAAGCACCGUGGUGUUAUUUGGGAGGCAUCUUUGAUUCACGCUUGCCCAUGCCGAAAUAGAUUCUAUCCAUAAUGCACUCAAAGGCUUGAGAUUUUGUGGGCAACUUUUGCCUUUUCAGUUUAUUUUAAAAUCAGGUACAAAGUAUCCUUUCACUGAAGGGGUUUGGGUCCUCGCUUUGUUUUCGCCCACAUUCCAAUUUCCUCAUACGACUGCAAUACGAACGCCAUGGGGAGACUUAAAUGAGAUGUUAACCAGCACUUGUCCCGGGAACUGAAGCUCAUUGGGUGCACAAUGCUUGUGGUCGACACGCGUCAUGCCACUGACGACUCGGAAACUUUGUUCUGGGUUUGUGGGGGGGGGGCGUGGUGGCAAUGAGCAUCCACAAAUACCUCGGUCGAAGUCAAACAGGCGCGAGAAUGUGUAAUUUCCGCAAAGUGUAUUUUAUCUCUAUUUAUAUGUUCAUUUCAGCACCUUUUGAAUCUGUAAAAGAGCGUUUUUUCUUUUAAAUAAAAGGGGGUUGCAAGUUGAUUGUGUGGCUUCAUAAAAGCACAAACGAGCUCUCAGCGUGUCAAGACACUUGUGAACAGCGUGUGUUCGAGUGAGAUUUCGCUGCUAUUCGUUGCCAUUAAAACGACAAAUAUUUUAUAUUAUUCAUUCUAAAAAAAAUGGGAAAUUAAAAUUAAUAUCCUAACGAGGCCAAUGUGCAGUGUCACUUUCCAACCGCUAGGUGGUGCCGUAGACCGCAGAAGAAAUCCCACACAGGCUCCAACUUCAUAAAUCCAUAAAAGUAUUUUUAUUCAUUCGAGCACAGGAAAUAAAAUCCCGGCGAUAUUCAGAAUCUCUUCAACAAUUCCAGACAAAUGUAUGACUCUGUCCGACAUGAUGACAAACGGUAUACAAUGAUUAUCAUACAUUUAUAUAAGACUGCAAAACAAAAAAAUAAAAUAAAAAUAAAGACACUGGCAAAGCUGCAACAAAUAAAUUGGAACAGCAAAGAUUGCAUGAAGGCUCGCUUGGAUCUUUCCCAACGGACUUCAUGAGGCAACGAGGAAAUUGCGCCCGGCAGGAAAAUGUGAGAAACCGAAAAAGCCGAACUGUCAAAAAGAUUAGUCCUUUUUAGUUAUUUAUUUUUUUCUGUGUUGUAUUUAUUGGUUUAAAGAUUACAAUACAAAAAUAUCUCUCUGUAGUGCAAAUAUUUCAGAAAUGACACAAUUAGUCAUAGCUACAAAAAAAGGGAUUUUCAUCAUUCUCAACAAACAAUAUAAAGUCACAAUAAGUUAUUUUUUUUUUGUCUUUAGCAGAAGCUUGUAAAUGUUUCUCACACACAUAUAAAGGUAGACGCUACUACAAUAAAAUAUUUCUGAAAUAUACUUUUUUAAAACCAAGGGAAUGAUUCUUGCAGUUAGUGAGGCGGUUGAAUCAGCAAAGAGAAAUUGGGGGAUUCAAAAUGGGGGCUGUAGGCAGAUAAUUAAUCAUGAUAAUGUCAUUUAAAAUAGAAAUAAAAA